AUGGCGUCAACGGGCACUCAGCUGCUGGCGAGCGCUCUGUGCCUGCUGGGCUGGGCAGGUGUGCUUAUCAGCUGUUUGCUGCCCAUGUGGCGAGUAACGGCGUUCGUGGGCAGCACCAUCGUCACCUCGCAGACGGUGUGGGAGGGCAUCUGGAUGAGCUGCAUUGUGCAGAGCACCGGUCAGAUCAUGUGCAAGCCUUAUGAAUCCACAUUGGCGCUCAGUGCUGACCUGCAGACGGCCCGAGCCCUCACCACUUUGGCAGUCCUGACCGGUGGUGUUGGCCUUGUCCUGGCCUUUGUUGGGGGUAAGUGCACCCGCUUCCUGGACCAUGAGGGGUCCGGGUCCAAAGGCAGGGUGGCGGUGGCGGCGGGGGCUGUUCUGGCACUGGCGGGACUGCUGUGUCUGAUUCCAACCUCGUGGGUGGCUGGCGCCAUCGUCCGCAAGUUCUACAGCGCCGCCAUCGACGCUCAGCGGCGCGAGAUAGGCGCCUGCCUCUACAUCGGCUGGGGGGCGUCCAUCCUUCUCAUCUUGGGGGGAGGGCUCUUCAUCAGCUCUACGUGUCCCCUCAAACCGCAUCAGGCCAACAAGAGUCCAUCGGCUCGGUACCUGAUGGUCCGCUCCUCCACCGGAUCCCUCCGGAGAGUCCCGGCAACGAGGCCGACAGGGACCGUUUUCAGUGGUCCACCUAGCUACCGGACGGCCUCCGCCAAGUCGGAGCCAGCUGUUGGCACCGCCUGGGGCUCCGAGCCCAAGCACAACUCAGAGAAGUCCUGGGCGCCGUCCACCAAGUCUGAGCUGAAGCGCCUGGACUCGGCACCCUCAGAGAAAAGCGAGGCACCGUCCGCCGAAUCUCAACUGAAGCACGACAAGACUUUGGACUCGGACGAUAGCCAGGAUGAAGAUACGUCGUUCAACCCUUCAAAGACUUACCUCUGA